AUGCCUUCGGCAACAACAGAAUGGCACGAGGGCGAGGUCGCCAUGCAUGAGCAACUGAAGGUUCCCAAGUUGGAGAACCCUACGUUUCCUGGUCUAGCAGAUCGUUAUGGGUUGCGGGUAAUGCAUUCUUCCUUGGUGGCUUUGGGAACUCUGGACAAAGCCGGUCGCCCAUGGACUACCAUCUGGGGUGGAGAGCGCGGAUUUGCAAGACCGGUGGCGGAAGAUGUUCUCGCAUUGAACAGUCCGGUUGAUACUCGUUACGAUCCUGUCUUCAAAGCUCUUUGGGAUGGUAUCGACGAGGAAGGCGUGAAGCAAGGUGCGAUCAACAGACCUAAUGAUGGUGAGGGAAAGAUAAUGUCGGGUCUGGCUAUUGAUCUUGAGACGAGAGAUCGCGUCAAACUGGCAGGAAAAAUGAUUGCCGGCGCUACUGUUGAUGGAGGAAAGAGUGUCCAGUUAGCCAUGGCUGUGACUGAGAGCCUGGGCAAUUGUCCCAAGUAUCUCAACAAGAAAGAUAUUGCGCCUCAUACUAUGAAACCGGAGCUCGUCUCUGAGAAGCUUCCUUUGUUAAAAGAAGCCUUGGAUAUAGUCGCAGCGGCAGAUAUGCUGUUCUUGUCGAGCACAAAUGGGAAAGCGAUGGACACGAACCAUCGUGGAGGAAGUCCCGGCUUUAUACGAGUUAUCAAAAAUGAUGAAGAUGGAGUUGAACUGAUUUAUCCAGAGUUUUCAGGAAACAGAUUAUACCAGACAUUAGGCAAUUUCAAGGUCAAUCCUCUAGUCGGUGUUGCAAUCCCAGAUUACAAUACUGCCGACGUUCUCUACCUGACAGGUACUACAUCUGUACUUGUCGGAGACGAGGCCUCUUUCUUUCUCGCAAGGACGAAAUUAGCUAUCAAGAUCUCAAUCACCGCUGCCAAGUUUGUCAAAUCUGGACUUCCCUUUCGCGGCUCUCUAGGCGAAUACUCUCCUUACAACCCGCCUGUUCGCCACUUACUUUCAGAGCACGAUGCGCAUGUUGGCGCUGAGAACGCAAAGUCUGUGACGGCAACUCUGAAGAACCGGGAAAUUCUUACGCCGUCUAUCGACCGUUUCACGUUUGAGCUGUCUUCUCCGCAGCCUAUCGCGAGCUGGUAUGCUGGGCAGUACAUCACGCUGGAUUUUGAACCAGAAUUAUCGAACGGCUACAGUCAUAUGGCGGAUCACGAUCCUCAGAGUAUUAACGAUGAUUUUGUGCGAACGUUUACUGUAUCAAGUCCACCAGAAAACAACAAAGAGUUACAGAUUACGACGAGGAAACACGGUCCAGUAACAAAUUUCCUAAGAAAACACAACUCACGUGUGCUUCUCGAGGUUCCAGUCAUUGGCUUUGGCGGCGAAGAGGGGUUCCGAAUCCCUUUGGAGUCUCAGGGUCCUCAAUCUAUCUUUGUCGCUGCAGGUGUAGGUAUCACGCCUGUCCUCGCACAAGCACAAGCUAUACUGAAGCACAACGUCCCGUUCACGUUACUCUGGACCCUUCGGUACGAAGACCUACCACUCGCUAGUGACACAUUCUCCCGGAUUCCAGGACUCGCAAGUGUUACUAGGCUAUUUGUCACAGGACAACCGGACAAGGACAAGGAGGGUUUGUUGGACGAGGUAGAGAAGGCUGGUACACAAAUUGUCAAACGACGAAUAGGCGCGGACGAUGUAGAAAGCUUCAAGGGCCAGAACGCCCGCUUCUUCCUGUGCACAGCACCUGCAUUGCUGGCUGCGCUUGAAGGGUGGUUGCACGGGGAGAAGGUUGUAUGGGAGGACUUUGGAUACUAA